AUGACGUCCAUCCUCUCUGCCCUUCUCUGCCUCGGGCUGAGUCUGGAUCAGAGGACCCAUGUGCAGGCAGGGACCCUCCCCAAACCCACCAUCUGGGCUGAGCCAGGCCCUGUGAUCCCCUGGGGGAGCCCUGUGACCAUCUGGUGUUGGGGGACCCCGGAGGCUCGGGAGUACCGGCUGUAUGCAGAUGGCAGUCGUCGGUACUUGGACAGACAGGAGUCCCUGGAGCCUGGAGACAGGGCCAAGUUUCUCAUUACAGGAAACUAUGCAGAGAGAUAUACCUGUAACUACCUCAGCCCCACUGGCUGGUCAGAACACAGUGACCCCCUGGAGCUGGGGGUGACAGGAUCCUACAGCAAACCCAGCCUCUCAGCCCUGCCCAGCCCUGUCGUGACCUCAGGAGGGAAGGUGACCCUCCAGUGUGGCUCAGGGCAGGGGUUUGACACGUUCAAUCUGACUAAGGAAGGAGAUCACAGGCUCUCCUGGACCCUGGACUCACAGCGACAGCCCAGUGGGCAAUCCCAGGCCCUGUUCCCUGUGGGCCCCGUGACCCCCACACAUAGGUGGACGUUCAGAUGCUAUGGAUGUUACAGAAACAGACCCUACGUGUGGUCACUCCCCAGUGAUGCCCUGGAGCUCCUGGUUCCAGGUGAGUCUGGGAAGCCCUCCCUCCUGAGCCAGCAGGGCCCCAUCAUGGCCUCUGGACAGAAUCUGACCCUCCAGUGUCGCUCUGAUGUCAGCUAUGACAGAUUCGCUCUGCACAAGGAGGGGGCACAGGACCUCCCCCAGAGCCUUGUCCUGCAGCCCCAGGCUGGGCUUUCUCAGGCCCACUUCCCCCUGGACACUGUGAGCAGGUCCCAUGGGGGCCGGUACAGAUGCUACGGUGGAUACAACCUCUCCUCUGAGUGGUCGGCCCCCAGUGACCCCCUGGAUAUCUUGGUGGCAGGAUACCUGCCUGACAGACCCUCCCUCUCGGUGCAGCCAGGCCCCAGGGUGGCCUCAGGGGAGAAUGUGACCCUGCUGUGUCAGUCACAGAGCCCGAGGGAUACAUUCCUGCUCUCCAAUGUGGGGGCAGUGGAUCCCCCUCUGCGUCUGAGAUCAGAGGAUGGAGCGCAGCAGUUCCAGGCAGAGUUCUCCAUGAGUCCUGUGACUACAGCCCAUGGGGGCACCUACAGGUGCUACAGCUCACACAGCACCUCCCCCUUCCUGCUGUCACUCCCCAGUGAGCCCCUGGAGCUCCUGGUCUCAGGACCCUCUGGAGGCCCCAGUCCCCCACCCACAAUGCCCACCUCCCCAGCUGGUGAGUCCUGGGGAGCUCUGCUCAUAGGGAGCACAGCCCCCCCAGCAAGUCCUGAGAGUCUGUCAGGGGAUCGAGUGACCCAGAUCCUCAAGGAUGGACUUGUGUCCGUGGGGGGCUGGGAGUCCCAGGGUCUGAGGCAGUGA